UCGGGAACCCAGACACGUACCCAGACAGUCAGCUCUGCAGAGAAGAACAAUACCGAAAGCACUGCCGCGACUGUCACGGACAAGGUCCCUCAUGUUGCACUAUCGAAUAGUGACUCGGAUAAGACUUCUCAAACGACAGUUCCCACGGUACGGCUUGUGCAAAUAUCACCAGUGCCAAGCAAUGUGAACAGUUUGCCCGAUAAGCUUGCUCCUAUUUCCAUUAAUGGCAGCGAAAACAAAGCUCCUGUGCAUGGAGGCGUGACCUUAUCGGUAGUGUCUCCUGUCAGUCGUGUGAAUGAGUCACAAAAUACAGCAACUCGUCUUCCAACUGUGUUCAAUCACCCUCCUCCCGCAAACCCAUCGCUGGUUGUGCAGACUCUUCCAACCCCUUCUACAACUAUGCCAUCAGUCACGCAGCCCCAGUGUUACAUCAUGACAGUCACAUUGUGCCAAUUGUGGUAA